UUCCCCAUGGGCGCGGAUCCCGACACUGAGCGCGGGCCGCCGCCGGCGGAGAGCGCGUCCGCGGCGUCCACGGCGCUCCCGGCGGAACAUUCGGCGCAGGAUGCGGCGGGAGUUUCGCCAGUUGCAGACGAAAGCUCUCCGCUCUUGGAAGUGGGAGCGCAGGAGCAGGGGGAGGGAGGAUCGGCGGCGAAGGGCGACGGCGAGGAGGCGAACCUGGUGGCGGUAACAACGGGGGAGGAAAGCGGGGAGAACGCGACGGCGGCAACGGCGGUGGAGGAGGCUGAGACGGAGAAAACGGAGAAAGCGGAGAAGGCGGAGAAGGAGAAGGGGGAGAAGGGGGAUCCGAAGGAGGGCGCGGAGGCGGCGGGGAGUGUGCCGUACGGGCAGCUGUUCCGAUACGCGGACAAGUGGGACGUGGCGCUGAUGGUGGCGGGGUCGGUGGGCGCCAUCGCGCAGGGCAUCGCGCUGCCCAUGAUGGCGCUGCUGUUCGGCGACAUGAUGAACGCGUUCGGCUCUAAUGCCACCAGCAUGGACGCUAUGCUCGACCAGGUCGCCAAGGCGUCACUGAACUUCAUCUUCCUGGCACUAGCGGCUGGCGUCACGGCGUAUAUACAGACGGCGUGUUGGAUGAGCACGGGCGAGCGGCAGGCGGCGCGGCUGCGAUCGCUCUACCUGGAAUCAGUGCUGCGGCAGGAUGUGGGAUUCUUUGACACCAGCCUCAGCACGGGGGAGGUGGUGGGGCACAUGUCGGGGGACAUCGUGCUGGUGCAGGAGGCCAUGGGGGAGAAGGUGGCCACGUGCAUGCAGUUCCUGGCGCAGUUUCUCGGCGGCUUCGUGGUGGCGUUCAUAUCGGGGUGGCAGCUAGCUCUGGUGAUGCUGGCCACGCUGCCGCUGCUGGCGGUGGCGGGGGGAGUGAUCACAGUGGUGGUGCAGCAGUCCAGCAGCAAGGGCCAGCAGGCGUACACCGCUGCUGGCACCAUCGUGGAGGAGUGUGUGGGGGCCAUUCGCACCGUGGCGGCCUUCACAGCGGAGCGCAAGUCAGUCCAAGCGUACGCCGCCCACCUGCACGCGGCUUUCAAGGAGGGCGUGAAGCAGGGCCUGGCGAGCGGGUUCGGCUACGGGCUCACAAUCUUUGUCAUGUUCUGCUCGUACGCGCUGGCGCUGUGGUACGGGUCGAAGCUCAUUGCCGACAGCAGCUACACGGGUGGGAAGGUCUUCUCGGUGCUCUUUGGAGUGAUCAUCGGCGGCAUGUCCCUGGGCCAGGCCUCCCCCUCCUUUGCCGCAUUCGCCUCAGGCCGAGCAGCCGCCUACAAGAUAUUCCAAGUCAUUCAGCGCAUCCCCCCUAUAGACAGCUCCAGUCCCGCCGGCGAAACCCCUCCGGACUCCGAAGUAAAAGGCGAACUCGAGCUUCAAGACAUCGUCUUCGCAUACCCCUCCCGCCCCGACGUGACCAUUUUCAACGGGUUUUCCCUGAAGAUCCGCGCAGGGGAGACGGUGGCGCUGGUGGGGGAGAGUGGCAGCGGCAAGUCGACGGUGGUGGCGCUGGUGGAGCGAUUCUACGACCCGCAGAGCGGAGCCGUGCUGCUGGACGGCCGCAGCAUCGCCGCACUCAACCUGCGCUGGCUGCGCCAACACAUGGGGCUCGUCAGCCAGGAGCCCGCGCUCUUCAAUGUGUCGAUCCGGGAUAAUAUUGCUUAUGGGAAGGGCGGAGGGGAGGCGUGGGGAGGGGGUGGAGGGGGAGAGGGAGAGGGGAAGCUGGGGAGUGGGGUGAGUGAUGAGGAGGUGAAGGAGGCGGCGCGGGCUGCCAACAUUCACGAGUUUAUUGAAUCGCUUCCAGAUGGCUACAACACUCUCGUGGGCGAGCGCGGCACGCAGCUCUCAGGCGGGCAGAAGCAGCGGGUGGCGAUAGCGCGGGCGAUCCUGAAGGACCCGCGGGUGCUGCUGCUGGACGAGGCGACGUCAGCUUUGGACGCGGAGAGCGAGAAGGUGGUGCAGGCGGCCUUGGAGCGAGUCAUGGUCGGCCGCACCACCGUUGUCGUUGCCCACCGCCUCUCCACCGUGCGCGGCGCCGAUCGGAUCGCUGUGUUGAGCCGAGGGAAGGUGGUGCAGGAGGGGAAGCACGAGGAGCUGAUGAAGGAAGGGGGGGCGUAUCUGCAGCUGGUGAAGCUUCAGGAGAUGGCUGGGAGUGGGAGGGAGGGAGGGGCGGAGGGUGGGAGUGACGGGGAGGGUGGGAAGGUGGGUGGUGCGGGCGGUGUGGCAGGAGCGGGGGCGGGUGGUGGGGAAGAGGGGAAGGCGGGGAAGGAAGGGAGUUUGGAAGAGACGAGCAGCAGCAGCAGUGCUGAUGGCGAUGAGGAUGAGGAUGAUGACGAGGAGGAGGAGGAGGAGACAGAAGGAGAGGGAGAGGGAGAGGGAGUGGGGGGAGAGGAGGCUGGGGAGGCGGGCAAGGGGGGAGGCACGGGGACAGACCCAGAGCAGGGCGAGAAGGAAGGCGCAGGAGAGAAGGCCAGGAGGGAGAAAGCGGAGAAGAAGGAGAAGAAGAAGCAGAAGAAGAAGGAGAAGAAGGAUAAGAAGAGGAAGAAGCGGUCUCCGUUCCUGCGCCUGGCCAUGCUGAACAAGCCCGAGUGGCCAUAUGCGCUGUCAGGCACGGUGGCAGCGGCCAUACAGGGCGUCAUCCUGCCCUUCUUCGCCCUCAUCCUCUCCCGUAUCAUCACCGUCUUCUAUAACCCAGACAUUUCCAAGAUGCGCAGCGACGCGGACUUCUGGUCGCUCAUGUUUGUCAUUCUGGCCGUGGUGGCGUGGGUCUCGCGCACGCUGCAGACCUUCCUGUUCAGCGUGGCGGGGCAGCGCCUCAUCUGGCGCAUCCGCCGCAUGUGCUUCCACUCCGUGCUGCGCCAGGAGAUGGCCUGGUUCGACCGCGAUGAGAACUCCAGUGGCGCCAUUGGCUCGCGUCUCUCCUCAGACGCCACCCACGUGCACUCCAUAGUGGGCGACCGGCUCUCCCUAGCCGUGCAGAACGCAGCGACGCUCGUGGCGGGUCUCAUCCUGGCGUUCUCGUCCUCGUGGAUCCUCUCCUUCAUCGUGCUCGCCCAGCUGCCGCUCAUCGCUGCCGGCUCCGUCUUUCAGAUGAAGAGCCUCCAGGGCUUUGCUGAUGAUGCCAAGCAAGCGUACGAGGCAGCGACGCGCAUAGCAUCGGAUGCAGUGGGUGCCAUGCGCACAGUGGCAUCGUUUGCAGCAGAGGGCCGAGUCAUGGCACUCUACCGCGCCACUACUGUCGCCCCUGUGAAGGCAGGGCUGCGCAAGGCACAGGUCAGCGGAGCGGGCUUUGGCUUUGGGCAGUUCUGUCUCUUUGCCGUCUAUGGCUUCUCCUUCUGGUGCGGCGGGCAGCUCGUCAAGAUCGGCCAGGCUGACUUCCAAUCCGUCUUUCAGUCGUUCUUUGCAGUGGUAUUCACAGCAAUGGGAGUGGCACAGACGGCCAGUCUAGCGCCCGACAUGGCAACAGCACAGGCAGCAGUGAAGUCCAUCUUCAAGCUGCUGGACCGCCGUUCCCGCAUCGACCCGGAGGGGAAGGGGGAGCGCCCGGAGGAGGGCGUGGGGGGCGAGGUGCAAUUCCAGGGAGUGGUGUUUGCGUACCCGUCCCGCCCGCACCUCACGGUGCUGCAGGAUUUUACGCUCACGAUUCCGGCUGGCAAGACGGUGGCGCUGGUGGGGGAGAGUGGCAGCGGCAAGUCGACGGUGGUGGCGCUGGUGGAGCGCUUCUACGACCCGCAGAGCGGAGCCGUGCUGCUGGACGGCCGCAACAUCGCCGCACUCAACCUGCGCUGGCUGCGCCAACACAUGGGGCUCGUCAGCCAGGAGCCCGCACUCUUCAACAUCUCCAUCCGCGACAAUAUCGCCUACGGCCGCGCUGCCACCUAUGUUCCGAGCGGCGGAGCCGCUGCUGGUGAUGGUGCUGAUGCCGAUGGUGCUGGUAAGAAGGGCUGUUGGAGCCUUGGUGACAGUAAGGGAACCCGGGAUUCGAAGCGCAGCCGUGAUUUUAGGAUGAGUAGGGAGAGUGCGGGGAGUGGUGCGGAUGGGAGGGAGGAGGAAGAGGAGCUGGAAGCCGUGACUGAGACUGAGAUUGUUGAAGCUGCCAAGUCUGCCAAUGCCCAUGCGUUCAUUUCCACUCUUCCCGACGCAUACGACACGCUGGUAGGCGAGCGCGGCACCCAGCUCUCCGGAGGCCAGAAGCAGCGGGUGGCGAUCGCGCGGGCGAUCCUGAAGGACCCGCGGGUGUUGCUGCUGGACGAGGCGACGUCUGCCUUAGACGCGGAGAGCGAGAAGGUGGUGCAGGCGGCCUUGGAGCGAGUCAUGGUCGGCCGCACCACCGUUGUCGUCGCCCACCGCCUCUCCACCGUGCGCAGUGCGGACUGCAUUGUUGUGAUGCAGAAGGGGCGCGUGGUGGAGCAGGGUACCCAUGACGAGCUUCUCGCGAAGAAGGGCGCGUAUCACUUGUUGGUCUCAGCGCAACGGUAA